GACUAUUCUGUUGGUGAACGUGAUAGAAUCCAGAUAUUUUGUUGUUUUCCUAAAAUUUUAAAAAAUCAUUCAAAAUGGGAGAUUUUAAAGUUAUUACAUCCGAUUUCGUAAAUUUACAAAUUUCAACUUCCAAAAAUGAUAUAUCGUUUUCUGAAAAACGAUUUCCAAAAGGAAUUACCAUAACAGAACUUAAGUCGAAAUUAGAACUAUUGACUGGAGGUAGCUGUUCAACAAUGCAAUUAGAGGUUUUCGAUAAAGAUGAUAAAUUUGUCUGCAAUCUAAAUGAGGAUAAUCAAUUAUUAGGAGCAUAUCCUGUAGAUUGUGGAAUGAGAUUGCAUGUAAUAGAUAAGUUUUUGUUGAAGAAUGAAUUAGAAUCUGGAGAUAUAGAAAAAUUCGAGUUGAGUGAAGAAGAAUACUCUAAAAAAUCAGAUACUGUUAGAGCAUUCUUGCAGAGAAAUAAAUUGGGUCAGUAUAAUGCAGACAUCAAGCAGAAAAAGGAAAAACUUGAAGCCGAAGAAAAGACACAAGCUGAAAAAUUAAUUUGUAACUCAAGAUGUAAAGUAACAAUACCAAACGCUUCCCCAAGGCUUGGUACUAUUAAGUAUGUAGGAAAAGUAGAUGGCUUACAAGGUUUUUGGGUUGGUAUUCAUUAUGAUGAACCUCUUGGAAAACAUAAUGGGAUGUAUAAUGGAAAACAAUACUUCGAGUGUCCAGAUAAAUAUGGAGCCUUCAUCAAACCCUUCAAUGUUACAAUGGGAGAUUUUCCUGAAGAAGAUUAUGAUUUAAAUCAGGAGCUUUAAAUUGUCAAAAAAUAUUACUAUUACUGUUGUAUCUAAAAAUUGCUUGAAUUAAUAUAGAGUUCAAAAUCAAA